CGUUCGGCUCGGCUCUCAACGCUAUUUUCCGCAGCUCCUAUCAGUUCUUUAUACUUUACUAUAUUCUCGGUAAGAGCCUAAAAAUGGACUUCUUGACAUGCGAUAAGAAAACUAAGCCAGAGCCAAUGCCAAUGCCAUUGCCAGCGACAAGCACAACGGCCAAUGAGCGUAAAGCGCUUGUGGAUCUUCACAAAUCAGCUCUUUUUGGCGAAAGUGAACCAGAUAUGGAAGAUGCCAUGUCUGUUGAUACCCUGGAGUAUGAAAUGGAGUCUACCAUAUGUUCUAGCGGUCUUUGCGAGCUACCCACACGCAAUACCAGCUUGACAACAGUGUGCAGCUCGUUUCCUCUGACAGCACGCAUUGAGAGUCGCCACAACUGGACGCUGGACACCGUGGAGAGCGAUUCGCAGCAGGAGCAACCAAGACAGCCGCAGGAGCACAGCAAAGGACUCAGUCUACCGCCGAACUCAGCAGGAAUCUGCUGUCGCGUGUGGAACCCUUAGCCUGCUGGAAUCGCACGAGGCUGGCGAGUUCGAUGUGGAGGCACAGAUCGAACCAACAAUAUUAAACACCAAUGGUGCAUCCAAGGCCAGCUGGUGCUAGGGCCAAUAUAACGUUUGAAACAGACACACACAUGGACAGCAGUGGAGUAUCGAGCAUAUACGCUUUUGCAUUUGGCAGCGAGAAUUCGACAGACUGGCUGGAUUAAAUGUCUUUGCAAAACCCCAAAGAACUUACGUUACAGCACAGGAUUUCUGAAAUAACUCUGAUAAAAAUUCGAAUAUGUAUAGCUUUAAAUAUAACACUUUUCAGAAUAUUGAGUAGAUCUUUAAA